AUGGCAAGGCUCACUGAUGAUGAGGGCGAAACUUCUGGGAAUGUACCAAUUCCACGGUCCGACUCUGGAAACGAUCAUGUAUACUAUGGGCUCCGGACAAGGUGUGUUCCUCUGGGUCUUCCUGCAAAUAUGACCAAGUUACGAAAGCAAGGUCAAUGA